ACUCACUCAUCAUACUAAUAACCAAAAGCGCUCUUUUUUUCAAUUCUCAAUCAGCGCUUCUUACUGUUCCCUGAUCAAUGGACUCUCAAAACAGCUUAGCGCUGAUUAGCAGCAACGUCGACGUAGCGCUGGUUUCCGAUUAUCAGGUGGCAAGGUACAACGCCGCCAAGCUCACCCGCCGUGAUUUCGACAAGGAUUUCGUCUUUGGUUCCGCUACGUCUGCUUAUCAGGUUGAAGGUGCUUUUGCUGAAGGUGGUAAAGGCCCUAGCAACUGGGAUGCUUUUGCCCUUAGGAAACCUGGUAAAAUUGCGGAUGGUAGCAACGGAUGUGUCGCUAUAGAUCAAUAUCACUUGUAUAAGGAUGAUAUCCAGACAAUGAAGAAAGUCGGGCUCGAUGCAUACAGAUUCUCAAUUGCAUGGUCUAGAGUGUUACCUGGUGGAAGAUUGUCUGCUGGUAUAAACAAGGAAGGCCUCAAGUACUACAGCGAUCUUAUCGAUGCCCUCCUAGCUGAAGGGAUGGAGCCCUACGUCACUCUCUUUCACUGGGACGUUCCCCAGUGUUUGGAAGACGAGUAUGGUGGCUUCUUAACUAGCACUCUAAUUGUGAAAGAUUUUCUUGAAUUUGUGGAGUUGUGCUUCUGGGAAUUUGGCGAUAGGGUGAAAUACUGGAUCACGCUGAACGAGCCAUGGACCUUCACCAAUCAUGGCUACAUACAAGCGAUUUUUCCACCUAACCAUGGUUCGACUGUGCCGGAGCCUUCCGGAAUCCCCAUCUUCCAUCACAGAAGUAGUGGCAAAUCUAGGGAAGUUGCCUCCAAAGGGGAUCCCGGGACUGAACCAUAUAUCGUGGCACACAAUUUGAUUCUUGCUCAUGCUGCAGCUGUUGAUCUAUACCGAAAGCAGUUCCAAGUAUCUCAAGGAGGCAAGAUCGGAAUCACAAAUGUGUCCAAAUGGUUUGAAGCCCUUAACGACAAUCAGGAUGACAACGAUGCUGCUAAUAGAGCUGUCGACUUUAUGCUAGGAUGGUUUGUAGCACCUAUAGUAACGGGCGAUUAUCCACCAAUUAUGCGACAACUAGUAGCCGAUCGGCUACCUAAAUUUUCUCCAGAACAAAAGAAGUUGGUAAAAGGAUCCUAUGAUUUUCUGGGAAUUAACUAUUACACCACCAAUUAUGCUACCUACACACCCAACCCCAGUGGCACUAAACCAAGUUACUAUGCAGAUCAGCUGUCUACAUUCACAACUGAACGAGAUGGGAUGCCAAUUGGGCCAAAGGGUGGUUCAGACUGGAUGUACAUUGUUCCGAAUGGAAUUUACAAGCUCUUGGUUCAUAUAAAGAGGACAUAUCAUGACCCCCUCAUCUACAUCACGGAAAAUGGGGUUGAUGAAAUCAAUGAUAAGAGCAAGACGGUUUCAGAAGCUCGCAUCGAUGAUAUGAGGGUUAAGUAUCACCAGGACCAUCUCUACUACAUCAAAAAAGCCAUAGACAACGAUGGUGUAAACGUGAAGGCUUACUUCAUAUGGUCGCUGUUCGACAACUAUGAAUGGGCAGAAGGGUACACAGUUCGAUUUGGCAUAUUUUACAUAGACUUUGAGAACGGCCGCUUAACGCGAUACCCUAAGAGCUCCGCUAUAUGGUGGAAGAAUUUCCUCGCUACUCCCAUACUCCUUCGAGCUAGAAAGAGACAAGUCGAAGAAACUGAAGACGUCGUCGACGUGUCGGUGAAGAGGCUUAGGAGUGGCCAAGGUUAUAACUGAUGAUGAUCUUCAUAGUUGCAGGUAGCUGAAUGAAGGAUGUUUUGGUGGAACUAGUACUGAAUAAGCAGUAGUUUAGUUCCAGCCUUUGUGCUGUGAGUUCACAAAGAUCUGCAUUGUUCUGUACUCAAUAAAUGAGGUUAUUCCGAUCCAUAUUGGCUGUGUUUUGUGCAUAUGCAAAUGAAUUGCUGUUGGCUUCUCUCUUGGGGAUAAUUGUAGCGUCAUUUCCUAAGGUUCGGUAUAAUUACA